AUGAGUGUAGUUGCCCGUUCAUCAUCUUCAAGUGAAGACGAAGAUCGAGAAGAGGAAAUAGCAGAUACAGAGAUAGGCAGUAAUAAAUUUGAGAUAUUGAGAACCUCCAACUCCGAUCCUGGGCCAUUGUCUAGCUUAGAAGAAAGGAUGCCGCCAGCGGAAGAAGGUGUAGGUGUACCAGCUAUGGCAAAAAACCAAAAAUCUGUAUUGCAUGGGACAUCUAUGAAAUGCAAGGAUGGAGAAUCUUCCCUCGUCUCUCGUACAUUAGAGGCAGCGGAUGAUAAUUUUGAGGUUCCAAAGUACCAGAAAAAGAAGGCUAAAAAAGUGACAUUCACAGGUGUACACCCCCCAUAUUCGGAUGCUAUGGAGGAAUUUCUUAACUUCAUACUGCAAGGUGGUUUAGUGAAUGUUGGCUUCACAGACCUGCUGCAGAGUAACUCGGUAGAGAAUCUAGAUGAGCUUUUGACGGUGGUUCCCAAGCUAGUGACUGUGGAUCAGAAUAAUGGUGUGCAAUUAUCAUCAGGUGUCUAA